UAGACAGACCAUGACGAAGUUCUGUCAAGAGCAUUUGGCUCCAAAGGCCCAAGAGAUUGACCAGGAGAACGAAUUCAAAGGCAUGAGGGACUUUUGGAAGAAACUUGGAGAACUGGGAGUUCUGGGGAUCACAGCUCCUGUGGAAUAUGGUGGAUCUGCCUUGGGAUAUCUGGACCAUGUGCUGGUGAUGGAGGAGAUCUCUCGUGCCUCAGCAGCCGUGGGGCUCAGUUACGGUGCCCACUCAAACCUGUGCAUCAACCAGCUCGUGCGCAACGGCAACAAGGCCCAGAAGGAGAAGUACUUGCCCAAGCUAAUCAGUGGAGAGCACAUUGGAGCCUUAGCCAUGAGUGAGCCCAAUGCUGGCUCUGAUGUUGUGUCCAUGAAGCUGAAAGCAGACAAGAAAGGAGACUACUUUGUUUUGAAUGGGAACAAGUUCUGGAUCACCAAUGGGCCAGAUGCAGAUGUUCUCAUUGUUUAUGCUAAAACUGACAUCAAUGCAGUCCCAGCCUCACGAGGUAUAACUGCAUUCAUUGUGGAGAAGGGAAUGCCAGGUUUCAGGACAGCCCAGAAGUUGGAUAAGCUGGGAAUGAGAGGGUCUAACACCUGUGAAUUGAUCUUUGAAGACUGCAAGAUCCCUGCUGCAAAUGUCUUGGGGACACUGAGCAAAGGAGUCUAUGUGCUGAUGAGUGGGUUGGACCUGGAGAGACUCGUGCUGUCUGGUGGGCCCCUGGGGCUCAUGCAAGCUGUUCUUGACCAUGCAAUUCCAUACCUGCAUGUCAGAGAAGCAUUUGGGCAGAAAAUUGGCCACUUCCAGCUCAUGCAGGGGAAGAUGGCAGACAUGUACACGCGGCUGAUGGCGUGUCGGCAGUACGUCUACAACGUGGCCAAGGCCUGUGACCAGGGCCACUUCAACGCCAAGGACUGUGCUGGAGUGAUCCUGUACUCAGCAGAGUGCGCCACGCAGGUGGCUCUGGAUGGGAUCCAGUGCCUGGGUGGGAACGGUUACAUUAAUGACUACCCCAUGGGGCGUUUCCUGCGCGACGCCAAGCUCUACGAGAUCGGGGCAGGCACCAGCGAGGUGCGCAGGCUCAUCAUUGGCAGGGCCUUCAAUGCCACCUUCAAGUAACACCCACCAGUGGGGAGGCAGCACCCUGACCACCACGAGGCCUUUGACCACGAGGCUGGAGCGCACAACUCUGCUUCUCCCUGCUUGCCAUUCUGGCACGAUCACUUGUGGACUCCCUUCUGCCUGCUCUGUGAACAGAUG